GGUGUAGCAUUGCUGUUGCCGGGGAGGUAAGAAGGUGGAGGCGGAGUAAAGUCUGUUGGGACGGACGGUGGUAGACAGAGGACGCAGAUGUCACAUGCUGGAUGAGCGGUGCCUCGAAGCUGGAGGAAUUGAGCUUGAACAUAUUUCAUCAAAUGGGAAACUGUUUUACAAAAAACAGCGAGACAGUCGUUCUUGUUCUAAAUUAAAAGCUUUCAAAGUUGUGGUCUGCGCGGGCGCACCGUUUGGACUGGAGCAGGUUCGGUCGUUGGAAUUACGUUACCGGGGAGACGGUAGUUACGACGGCAGGCCACUCUAGCUAAAUACAUGCGGCCAAUCAUUUUUAAGAGUUAAAGCCAUCCCAAAUAAUAAAACCAACAGAGCAAUUGAAUCUAUUGGAGCUGAGGAGGACAUCGUAAGAAGACGAGGAUCGAAGCAGCAUGGUCACCACAAAGGGAGCAGGUCUGAACCCCAAUGCUAAAGUUUGGCAGGAGAUCCCUGCCCACCAGAAUGACAUCCCAGAGGAGACAGAGAAUUCUCCUUGGCUGCUGACCUACCCCCCUCCUGCUGACAUGGCCGACGGUUACUCAGACGUCCCCUCUUCAGGGGGAAAAGGACACAACGCUGAAUAUCCUGACAGCACUGCUGACUAUGCCCCUGUACCCGCAGAGGGCAUUGUGAAUGGCAUUGACCACCCUGACUUAGGGUAUUUACUCUUUGACCCGCAAUGCGAGUCAGCCAUAGAGGGUGAUGCUUCUAAGGAACAACCAAUAUCUGAGGAGAACCUAAGAGAGUCAUUGAAGAAACAGCUCGAGUUCUGCUUUUCUAGAGAGAACCUGUCUAAGGACCUGUACCUGAUAUCCCAGAUGGACAGUGAUCAGUUUGUUCCCAUCUGGACCAUUGCUUGCAUGGAGGACAUCAAAGCCCUUACCACUGACAUGGACCUCAUUCUGGAUGUACUGCGAGCCUCUCCCAUGGUGCAAGUUGAUGAAACUGGAGAGAAGGUUCGGCCAAACCACAGUCGCUGCAUCAUCAUUCUGAGAGAGGUGCCAGAGACAACACCAGUUGAGGAAGUGGAGGCUCUUUUUAAGAGUGAAAACUGCCCCAAAGUGUUAAGUGCAGAGUUUGCACACAACAGCAACUGGUACAUAACUUUUCAGUCAGAUAUGGAUGCACAACAGGCCUACAGAUACCUAAGAGAAGAAGUGAAAAUGUUCCAGGGAAAACCAAUUAUGGCCCGCAUUAAGGCUAUUAACACAUUCUUUGGUAAGAACGGCUUCCGCAGUGUGGACUCAAGUGUGUACAGUCAGCAUGCCCAACCACAGGCUCAGUAUGGCUCCCCAGUCUACAUGCAGCAGGCGUACAGCCCUCAGCAGCAGUACCCUGUAUACCCUGUGGUGUCUCCCUCCUGGAACCCUUCCGUCACACCUUACUUUGAAACACCACUGGCACCUUUCCCGCACAGCGGAUUCAUAAAUGGUUACAGCAGUCCUGGGAACUACAAAGCAAACUCAAGCUCCAUCAACGCCCAUCGACCUAUGAGCGGGAACCGAAACCAUGUUAAGGGUCAUCCUAGGCCUGGAGGCAUGCCCCCUUCUUCUUCUUUGGCUCCGGGGACCCUGACGGAUGGCUUGUCGGGACCCCUGAGUCCACAGCCCCUUCAGACAUCAGGGAUGCCGACUGGCACCACUUCAGCGACUGCCUCUCUACCUUCCUUCAGCCUUAAAGACAAUUCUCCACAGGCCGUCUUACCCAGUGGAUAUCUGAGUGGGGCUGCACGGGGCAGGAGAGGUAGCCACAGAGGCAUGAGGAGGAAAAGAGAAGAUGAACAUACCAUGAGGCCUGUCCCUUUGAUGGAGGCCAAGGUACCACCUCCACCAAAGUUUGACCUGGCAGCUUCCAAUUUUCCUCCUUUGCCGGGAUCUGUGGUCAGUAUGCGGGGAGAAAGUAUGCCAGAGGUGCGCCUUUCUGAUGUUGUGCGUGGCCUAAAGGUGACCAACAAGCAUGUGAGCCAAGAGGUUAACGAGGCCCGAAACACAAACCUCUCUGAAGAUGCUGUAAGGAAACCAGAUUCUGUAACCCCUGUUGCUAAACUUUCUCCUGUGACACCGCUCACAGUGGUACCACCAGUCUUAAGUGUUUCUCCUCCAAUAAAGGAAGAGGUUAAAGCUGAACCUCCUAUUCCAAAGGAAGAAAUCUCCUUGUCCUCGCAGGCUGCCUCCCCUACAGCCUCUGAACCUGCUCCCUCCACCCGCAGCCAGUCUGUUCCUACAGAAGCACCUUCCCCAUCUCCCCCAACUCCAACAUCUCCAACAUCCGAGCUGGGGGCAAGAAAGCUCAGCUAUGCAGAGGUGUGCCAGCGGCUGGCUAAGGAGCCGCCAGCAGCACAGACGCCCUCUCCAUCCCCCCCUGCCUCCUCAGCCAGCCAACCCCUGCAAGAGCUCAAGGUCAACAGGGUUGAGGAGCCUCGGCCCAACUCCAGGCGCGCUACAGACAAACCAGAGAAACCCGGAGACGGCCGCCUGCCUCGUCAACCAUUACGCUCCUUCAGAGGGGCGAAUGGCCAAGUCAGGUCCGGAGGGCUGAAGAUUCGGGAGCAUCAGAGAGGACUGAAUCCUGGCAAACCAUUUUCCCCACACCGGGGAGCCAGACACAGUGGCAAAGAACAGAACAUUCCCCCAAGGGCACCAAAAUAAAAAAAGAAUCCAUAAAACAUGAACUAAAACUAUAUAUAUGUAAAUAUAUAAUAUAUGUAAAUAGACGGAUGACUAUAUUUCAUUUGACAAACUUUUUCAAAAGAGUUUUAAUAUUUGUGUGUGUGUGUGUGUGUGUGUGUGUGUGUAAUGAGGCACAUUUGGUUUCUCUCUGAGUGGUAAUUGUUGGCAUGUGACUUAUCUUGAGCUUUUCAUCCAAUUUGUUUUGCCUUGAAAUCAAGGAUAUAUAAUUUAUGAAAUGGAAGAUGUUUAAUCCAUGGCAGAAUAAUAGAAACCGUGGGGUGUGUGAAUAACUACAGAAUGUUUGACCUUUGAUGAUGAGUAGCAAUGUUUGAAGAAGUUACAUUAUGUAGAAAUGAUCUACAUGAGUUGUGUAAUGAUUAUAACCCUUCAAUGUUUUUGCAGUAAUUGUCUUUGUGUGCAGAUAUUAGAUCAAUGCUACUAACAUUUAAAAUAAGCCCUGCAUUCUUUUUUCUUUUCUUUUGUUGGAUUGAAUCAUUGAUUUAUCUCCUGUGCAAAUUUGUAUAUCUUGUAAAAAAGUAGAGCAUGAAUACUUAUGAGAAUAGUAGUUGUCAGCCAAAUAACCUACUGUCGCUGAGGGUUAUUAGACGUAAGCAGGAGCAGAAAGACUGUCCCAAGUUUGAUCAGAUGUCAAUAAUCCUGGUGUGUGUCUCAUAAAGCAAGAUUACUGGGUUUGAUGGCUAACUUUAGUUUCAGGCUUGGCUUCUAAUAUCUAUAGUUAUGUAAUUUCAGUUUCAGGAAAGUUUUUAGAGUAGGAUGAUAGAUGUUGAAGAUUAAGCUGUUCUUAAUUUGUGACUAGCAUCUGCUUGUGAAUUGCUAAAACGUAUUGGAUGAUCUGAGAGACCUCAGGAGGAUUUUCUUUCACAAUAGAAAUUUGUGGCCUCUUCUUGAGGAACGUAGCUAUUUGAUGGUUGAUGACAUGGCCAGUGUCUAAACUUGAUUUGGUGACAUUGAUUGCUUGCAUCAUCUGGUUUGAUCGGAUACACAAGGCUUCAGACGAAUGUAGUCCUUUUGGCAUAAAACCACUUUUGAGCUCGAUUUUGUAAAUGUCUAUACUGUAUGUAGUAGCUUUCCUCGAGUGUGUAUACAGAUUUGUUUUCCCUGCUGUAGACUAGUUACAUUUUCUAACAACAAAUUGUUUUUCUUCUCAUAGUAUUCAAUGUUUGUGUAAUGUUAGAAAAUUAGUGUGUAUACUGAUAUGAGAAAAGAUACUUGGUUAUUGACAACUGAAUUGGAUACUGAUCAGCCACUCACGGCUCAAUCAGCAGAACAUGCCUGUACCUGUAGUGGUGUGAAUUGAAAUGCGCUAUGCUUUCGAUCUCAUGACUUUUAAUCCUUACAGAAGUAAGAAAUGGAAAUGUGUUGCACAGGAAUGCUCAAUUUAAGCGUAAUUGUGUUUUCCUUUUUUGUUUUCAUGUCAUCUAAAUAGUCUGGGGUGUUGCAAAUGGAAAUGAACAAAAGAUGAGUGAUGAUAAAGAAUUCCAGGUUUUCAGGAUCAGGAGGAUAUAAAUUUAGCCUUAGAUACGUGUUUGAAGUCUUCUGUAGGGACUUGACUGCAGUGUACAGUAUUUUGUGUUGUGUAACCAGUACAGUUGUCUACUGUGUGUGUGUGUGUGUUUAUAUAAAUGUCUGUGUAAAUGUGUGUGUGUGUGUGUGAGAGAGAGAAAGAUUGCUUUUGCUUAAGACUACAUGGAACUAUUAUCUCAAACCAAACCUCCAGUGCCUUAACAGUGAUUCACUUCAGUAUAUAGAGUGCAAGAAUUAUGAGCACAUCAAUUUCUCACACUGAACAAGGCUGGUUAGUUGGUUGUCAAAAUCCAACAUUAUCAGUUUAUGACACUUGGAGACACUAGAUCCUGCCCAAUGUUAAUCUCAGUUUAUUGCAGGUGCAGCUCGGGGGCUGGGCACUCUUGAUGUGUGCGUGCAUGUUUGGCCGUUAUGUGUCUGUUACUUUAUUUUGUUAGCUUGUCGAUGCAAUGUCAAGUCUUCUAUCAGAUUCCUGCUUAUAACUUACAAUCAAACAUGGGACUGCAAUUUUCAGCCAAGUACACACUGGUUUAUUAACUAAUUGUUAUUGCUGAGCCUAAAAUAAAGAUUUAUUUUUAAA